GCUUGCUAUGGUGACACCAGUGUUCCAGUGUUACAUGUUACUCUUCUUGGUGGUGAGUGGGGUUCAUCUGCUGGUGGGUUGUCAACCAUAAACAGAGAGCUUGCUAUUCACCUUUCAAAUCAUUCAGCGGUGAAGAUUUCUUUACUAGUCCCAGAGGGAGCUUGCAACACUGAAGAGACAAAAGAAGCAGAUGGCUAUGGAAUCACUAUUGUUGAGGCGAAAGAACGUGCAGCAUAUGAUCGCCUUGAUUGGUUGAGCAUCCCACCCCAGGACCACUUCAUGGACAUCGUUGUUGGCCAUGGUGUUAAACUUGGUCGGCAAGUGCAAUUCAUUAGAAACUCUGCUCAAUUUCCAAAUUGUAAGUGGGUACAAGUGGUUCAUACUGCUCCAGAGGACCUGAGCAGUUUCAAAUCCUACAGUGACCCCAUUUCAAAAGGUGAAACAAAACAUGAAUCAGAAGUUGGGCUUUGCAAACUUGCCGAUCUUAUUGUGCCUGUUGGACCCAGACUAAAAGAAGCAUACUCUUCAUAUUUACAGAGAUGUAAGACAGAUCAAGAAGUUUUGUCCAUUACUCCAGGCCUUUUUCAAAGGGAAUUUGGGGAUUUAGUGGCAAAACAAAACCCUAAUGAAGAUGGUGAAUUUAAAGUGUUGUUAUUUGGUCGGGGGGAUGAUGAGGACUUUGAACUCAAAGGAUACAAAAUUGCUGCUCAAGCAUUUACUGAUCAACGGUUGAAAAACAAACCAUAUCGUCUAAUCUUUGUUGGAGCACCUGAAGGAAAGCAAGAAGAAGUUAGAAAAAAACUUCUUCAGAGUGAUAUUCUGGAAGCGCAGUUGACUGUUAGAAAAUUUAUACAAAGUAGAGAGAGGCUGAAAGAUUUGCUGUGCGAAGCUGACCUUGCCAUAAUGCCGUCAAAAUCAGAGGGAUUUGGUCUUGUUGCACUUGAGGCCUUGUCUGCAGGACUACCCAUUCUUGUAGGCAGUAGGUCAGGAUUUGCCAAAGCAUUAGAGAGUGUUCCUCAUGGUCAUCCAUGCAUAAUGAAUUCAGAUGAUCCUGCAGAAUGGGCAAAAGCAAUAGAAGCUAUUCGUAUCAGGCAUGGAAUGAGGCUUCAAGAGAUAAAAUUACUGAGAGUAUCUUAUGGGGAGAAGUACAGUUGGAAGAAGCAAUGUGAUGCCCUUGUGAACAGAAUGCAGAGAAUGGGUUAUGGUAAGAGUUAUUUUUGUUGAGUGCUGAUGAACUUAAUUACACUGUAUUCAUGUUGUACCAGACAUUACACUAAUAUAGUUUUUUGGCACAAUAUAUGCAAAAUGUAAGAGUGCAGUGCACUCACAAGCACUGAAUGCAUUUUGUUCUUUGACCAAAUUGUCGAGUGUACAUGCAGGUUCUAUCAGUUUUCUUUGCAAAUUUAGUACAUCUGUACUUGUACGUAUUGUCCCAGAAUAUUUUACCGUUUUAUUGAUAGCUAGAUAAUAUACGGCCAAGACAUACACUGUAUAAAAAAAUGUACUUCUUUACAAUCCUUACCUAGUAGGUAGAUUCAGUUAUUUUCCUAAGAAAUCAUGCACCGUCAAUUCUUUUAUGGUGAGGCAGGGAGGGGGGCAUGUAGCCAUACUUGAACUCCAGUUUUGUUAUUUUUAAACUUCCACUGACAGAAAACAUACAAAAACAGUCAGUUUUGCGUUGGGAGGUGACAAACCUGCAAAUUAAAUUGGCUACUUGAAUUUUGAGAUGCCUCCUUUCCUUAUUAAUAAUGCAGCUCAAAGCUUGAUAAAGCUGACUGUAUAAACGUGUAGGAUUACCGUUUUGAAAUGUAAUCUUAAAAUGGAUCUAUAGUACUUUAAAAAGUUAUGAUGUUUUUACCAUCAAAUUUAUUCUGAAUUCCUAUUGCUUCUCGAGCUUAAAUGUUUUGUGCACACCUUUUAAAGUUGUGUUGGAAGUUGUAAAUGCAUAAAAAGAUCUGUGAAUUAUUGUGUAGAAUAAGGGUCUCCACCACUUUAAGGGUCACAGUUGUCUGUGACGCUUAAAAUUAUUUUUUUAGUGUUACAUAGGGCGUGGUUCCACAUGACACGUGACGAGUUUCUGGUUAUUAGGGAAGGGUAGCGUCAUUCUUUUAAUACUAAUAGACGCCUUGGUUAUGGGUGGUGGAGAUGUGAAUGGGUUACAAAACUUACAGUUGUAUAUACAUAUAUUUUGGAAGAAGCGUAUAAUAAAGGCUUGUUCUCUCACCAGACGCUUCUGAUAUACCAAAGGAUGUUUCUGUCGAUGAAAGGCAGCCUGUUGGAAAAACACAUGCUUCAGCUUCUGGAUUCUCAGGAGAGAAAUGUCCAGUUGAUGAACAGCCUAAAACUGAGGAUGCAGCCAGAUUAAGUGAAGAGUCUCCCUUAAUUUGCCAUACUCCUUGCAUUUCAGAGCACACUUCUGACCAAGGUAUAGAAUUACAUUGACAAGGUGCCAAACUUUUUUACACGUAUUUUAAAUAAACUCUUGAAAAUUUUUGGCCCUCUUAAAAAGGAACUGUUUUUGUUUUUUUGUUUUUUUCUAUUUUUGUCUUUCUGCUAUUCACCAUUUUCAGAUACACCACGCACCUUGUUAACUUCCCAAAAUUUUGCGUAACCAUUGUCUUCGAUUUCUCUUGGGACGAGUGUAAUACACAGGAGAAAUUGGGGGGUAAACAAGAUGCGUGCAAUUAUGUGUAAAUGGUGAAUAGCUUAAGAAUGCUCUGUUUGUGUUAAAGAUUUUUCAAACAAAGACCUGAGGAGCCUCACUGAGUUUCCUUAUACAUUAGUAAAUAGUUUUUUUUUUCCUUCAACUGUAAUAAGAAGCAGUAAUUAACUUGUAGUUAAUAAUUAUGCUUUUAAUCAAUAAUUUUCAGAAACAGCAAACACUGUUAAGAUGUCAAUCACCACGCGUGAUUUAAGUAGUGAACUGGAGGAUGUUGUGGACGGAAUGUUAAGACAACAACUUGGAGUGUACUUGAAAUACAAUAAAACAAACAAGCUUUCUACAGCCAGUGGACUGAGUGACUUCAUUAAACAUUUAGAAAAUACUUACAACUUUAUUUAUACAUCUGUGGGUGAGGGAUCUUUGGUAAUAAAAGGUCAGUGUCCUGACCUGCAAAGUCUGGAAAGUCUGUGGAAUGAUUAUUGUUCUGGUGUCCUGAAUGAAGCUGCAGAGAGGUUUUUGGUAACUGAUGAUAUGAAGAAACAAAUCAACUUGGUGACACUCAGAUUAAAGACUAUUAUUGAUGAAGAAAGCUAUUUGACUUGCAAGAAAGCUCUUAUGGAAAAGUUAGGUGAGUUGGUGUAG